GAUUUCCUCUUCCUUCCCCUUGGCGGUUCAUGUCUCAGCUUAAAUAUCACCGAAAGCUCCAGAUCUCACAAGGACCUCAAUGCACAGGCAGGACCCCAGGGUAGGAAGGGGGAAUCCAAAGGGACCCCACAUUGGAGCUAAGGGGUCUUCACUGGGCACCUGCUGGCAUCAGGGGAGCAGCCAUGCAAGAAGGAGGAGGUGGAUGGUAUGGCCCAUCACAGGUACCAAGGAUCCAGGUCACCCCAACAUUGGUCAGAGGGGUGUCAGACCUGGGGGGCCCCAAUUUUUCUGCAGGAGGCUCUGUCGGUGGUCAGCGAGGACCAUACGCUAUUCACACCGCUACUGCCUAAGACGGAGAUGCCGGAUGAGUACACGAGCAUUAAGGAGCGCUCCGCUCUCCCCGAGACCACCUGGAUUUAUAGCAGCGAGCGACAGCACAGUAUAAAAGAGGAGAUCGAGGAACUUACCGUGACCAGACUCCCUCCAUCGGUGGUAACAGCCAUGGCCGCUGAUAAACCAGAAGAGGAGAACGAAUCCCCCCACACAACCUACCAGCCCACUUACCCCGACACCACGAGCGAUGGAACCGAAUCGCCGAACCUAAUCAAUGGCAACGAAGAGAAGAGAGUGAUUGUUCCGGCAGACCCGAUGGUGUGGACGCAGGAACACGUGGCCCAGUGGCUGGACUGGGCGGUGAAGGAGUACGGGCUCUGUGACGUGAACACGUCGUUGAUGCAAGGCGCGGACGGUAAGGAACUGUGCAGGAUGACCCGGGAGGACUUCUUACGCAUGGCGUCCGCCUACAGCUCCGAAAUGCUGAUGUCACACCUCGCCUACCUCCGGCAAAACAGUCCAACGUUUACUUAUUCAGUGGUUCCGACUGCUCCAGCUCACCCAGUGCCCACGAGGAACCCGGUGAAGACAGAGCCGAUGUAUGAGGAUGUACGGCGGGGAAGCUGGAGCUCCACCCCCGGCCCCAUUCAGAGAGGAUCUCCUCCUCAGACGCCGACCAUCAGCAGCACCGCCGGAGCCAUACGCACCACUCCAGACCCUUAUCAGGUGUUGGGGCCAACAAGCAGCCGCCUGUCCAAUCCAGGCAGCGGACAGAUCCAGCUCUGGCAGUUCCUCCUCGAGCUUUUAUCCGACAGCGGCAACUCCGGCUGCAUCGCCUGGGAGGGCCUCAACGGGGAGUUCAAGAUGACGGACCCGGACGAGGUGGCGCGGCGCUGGGGGGAGCGCAAGAGCAAGCCCAACAUGAACUACGAUAAGCUAAGCCGGGCUCUGCGCUAUUACUACGACAAGAACAUCAUGAGCAAGGUGCACGGCAAGCGCUACGCCUACAGGUUCGACUUCCAGGGGAUCCAGCUGGUCCAGCAAGCGCACAACAGCGACUCCGCCGUCUGCAAGUACUCGGAGGGGAUCUACUACUCGCAGCAGGCCAAGCCGCCCGGGCCUCUACCGUCCCACCAUAGCCAGCCGCAGAGCCUGCCCGCCCUCAUACCCGUGCAGUACUUCGGCACGCCACCGGGGGGCGGACUGUACCAAGGCCAGGGAGUGGCGAAGCAACAUGGCGGUCAGCUGGGGUCACACCUGAGCAAUUACUACUGACCCCGAGCCCAAUGGGGUGUCGAAAAAAUAAAAAUAAAAAAUAAAUGGAGGCGGGACUAAAUUACUGAGCGCGCCCAGGAACUACUGGAAAGAGCAUUUCACAUUUUUUUAGGAUUUGGAAUUUAUAGACCACAUGACCCCCAUCACCUGUUUCCGUCCAAUGGGAGCUCACGACCUUGUGAAAGGGGCAGCGGGGGGAUCACAUGACCCCCAUCACCUGCCUCCGUCCAAUCGGAUCUCACGACCUUGUGAAAGGGGCAGCGGGGGGAUCACAUGACCCCCAUCACCUGCCUCCGUCCAAUGGGAUCUCACGACCUUGUGAAAGGGGCAGCGGGGGGAUCACAUGACCCCCAUCACCUGCCUCCGUCCAAUCGGAUCUCACGACCUUGUGAAAGGGGCAGCGGGGGGAUCACAUGACCCCCAUCACCUGCCUCCGUCCAAUGGGAUCACACGACCUUGUGAAAGGGGCAGCGGGGGGAUCACAUGACCCCCAUCACCUGCCUCCGUCCAAUGGGAUCUCACGACCUUGUGAAAGGGGCAGCGGGGGGGGGGGGAUCACAUGACCUCAUAAAUGGGGGCAGUGGGGGGGAUCACAUGACCCCUAUCACCUGCCUCCGUCCAAUGGGAUCACACGACCUUUGUAUUUUAUGGACAAGGCGAAAUCGGAAGGAGGAGUUAUCCUGGGGUUCAGCAGCCCCUCCCCCCAACUGGACCAGAUUUACCGGACUUUUUAACUUUUUCUAUGUUUUUGUUUUUUCUUGUUGUAUGUAUUUUUUUACUUCUCAUUAAACGCAUUAUAUGUCUUUUA